UUUGAGAGCAACUACGCUCCUCAUCAUGUUAUGGUGACAAAGAGAUGGUCAAAAUUACUUCGAUCCACCGUUAUGGAUGGGAGGGUGUUGAGCUUCCGGAUCAAACGGAGUCUUAAGAUGCGGACCUUAAUGCAAGCUUACUCCGACCGGCUUAAGGUCGAUGCGAACACUUUCGUUUUCUUGUAUGACGGCGUUAAGCUUUCACCUGACGACACCCCGGACGAGCUUAAGCUUGAGGAUGGAGCUGAAAUCGAUGCAAUGUUGCACCAAGACGGCGGGUUCUUCCACUGUGCUUUCAUGUAAUCUGGGCUGAUGUGUUAAUUGGUGUUUUGAGUCUGC